AUGAGUGAAACAGCAGCAAUUGAAUUAUUAAAACGAGCAGUACAACUCGAUGGUGAAGAAAAAUAUUCGGAUGCACUCACUUGUUAUUCUGAAGGUGUUCGUAUGUUGCUGAAUUCUGUUAAAGCAAUUCCGUCAAGUGAUGAACGAAAACGAGCAGCAUAUCGACAGAAAAUUACAGAAUGCAUUGAUCGUGCUGAAAAACUCAAAGAUUUAAUUCAACAAGAAAAAGAUUUAUGUGUACCAUCAUUAUUCACAAUUUGUUGUUCCAAUAAUUAUACUGUUAUUGUUCGAACUGCUUCACAUAAUGUUGCACAAAUUUUGGGUUCAUGCUCAUAUACAUCAAGUGAUUUUAUUGUUGAGGGUAUAAAUAUUAUAACAUGUUUGAAUGAUUCAAAUCAAUGUUCAAUUUAUGUUACAAAAACAGAAAUUAUCUCAAUGUAA